UUCUGUGAAAUCCGCAGAGCUCAGAUCAACUCCGUUCGGUUCCGGGAAUGAGAGGGCUGUGCCAUUCCCUUCAUUGCCCCCUGCCUUGACGGAGUAACGGGGGGGGGGGGGGAGGCAAUACACACCAUGCUAGCUACCGAAGUGCAUGCAAACGUUUGUUUGAUUGUGACUAAAUUAAAGGACGCCAACAGUCCUGCCACCCGGCCUCGGCAGCGCCUUCCCGGGCUUGGAGGCGGAUGGGCAGAGGUGCCAAGCGAUCGCCAGGGGGUGGGCGGUCCCCUGGAAGACAGGUACGGAGAGGUGGUGGCGUGUAAGUGUGCGCAGGGUCUGGACAGGUGUGUGUGCGCGCGCGACCGCGGUCGUCCGGGGUCAGCGCGAUGGGUGAGGGAGGGAAAGGAUGGGGUCUUGUGCAUUGGCUCGCGUGCUCGCUUUGAACCUGCUGCUCAUAGAUCCUUGGGGGCUCCUUGCUUUUCCCUCCCUCUCGGUUUUGCUGCUUUCUUUCUUUGCUCACCCCCACUUCCAUUCCCCCCACCACCACCCAGAGAAGCUCCUUUAGACAAGCUGUCUUUUCAGGAUGCCUCACUUAAUAUAGAGAUACCCAGCCGGGAAGUGCCGAAGAAGGGAACGGCUGUGGGAGUGGGCUAGACAGCCUUUAAUUAUAACUGGGGAGGGGGCGGGGAGAGUGUGACUGCCCGCGGACCUGGGCCUGGGGGUGGCCUGACAUUCUUGGCGGUUGUUUUUGUGGUGAAUCCUUUUGUGUGGUAUUGGUAUGACUGGAGCUGGUAGAGAAGGUUUGGGCAGAACUUUGUUAAGAGAAUGAUUUUGAGAUCUUGGACAAAUGGAUCUACUCCCAGAGCCUGGGGUGUCCUUCACAGGGCGCCGGGCUUUUAAUACAGAGAAGAUAAAAUCAUGGGUGGGAAAGGACUGGGUGGUUUAUAAAACACCCGAGUUGUGGUUGUGCUCCCAAAUCUGAGGCUUCUGGAGGGAGGGCACCCACCUUAGCCUGUUAGCUGCGGAGUUGUGGGGCCUCUGAGGUGACUUAGAGAACAGAGACUUCUUAGGAUAAAGACUGCUGCUGUCUGGACAUUUGCUUUGUUGGGGGAGACAGAGGCUUAGGGUGAAAAGCCUAAGGCCAGGCUGACAGGGACCUAAGGGAAGCAAAAGUUUGUUUGCUUCGGUCCCGAUCUGGAAUGAGUCAUUGGCACUUGUCAUGGUGAAAUGGCAAAUCUGGACUUCCUGUGGUUCCAAAAAAUCUGUGACUAGAAAUCCACAAGUGAGCUGGUGGUUGAAACUCAGCCUGGGUAUUCCAAAAGUGUUUGAGGGUCUCACUCAUGAGUAAAGAGGAGACAGCUUAUAAAUUUCAUGUGUCUUCAGCAUGCUUUUGCAAAAUGAGGCAGUCAUUUGAUUUAAUUAAACCUUUUUUUUUUUAAACCCACCUUGAGUGGGAAAGAAGAGCCAGGUUCUUCUGUCUUUUUCUUUUCUCUCUCUUCCCCGUUUCCUUCCCCAGUCCCCACACACUCACAUGCACACACUAAUCUUGAAGCUGAUGAGAUUGAGUGACUGGCACUUGGGACCACAGAGAAAUGUCAGUGUUUGGUUACAGACCCAAGGAAACCUCUCAUUUUAGAGUGCUCAUUUGUUUUUAAGCAAAAUUUUGGACUGUGAAGCAAGGCACUGGGUGAAGACAAAAUGGCCUCACCGGCUGACAGUUGUAUUCAGUUCACCCGCCAUGCAAGUGACGUUCUUCUCAACCUCAAUCGCCUCCGGAGCCGUGACAUCUUGACUGAUGUUGUGAUUGUGGUGAGCCGCGAGCAGUUCCGAGCCCAUAAAACAGUCCUCAUGGCCUGCAGUGGCCUCUUCUACAGCAUCUUCACUGACCAGUUGAAGUGCAACCUUAGUGUGAUCAACCUGGAUCCUGAGAUCAACCCUGAGGGGUUCUGUGUCCUCUUGGACUUCAUGUACACAUCUCGGCUCAACUUGCGGGAAGGCAACAUCAUGGCUGUGAUGGCUACAGCUAUGUACUUGCAGAUGGAGCAUGUCGUGGACACAUGCAGGAAGUUCAUCAAGGCCAGUGAAGCAGAGAUGGUCCCUGCCCUCAAGCCUCCUCGGGAAGAGUUUCUAAACAGCCGGAUGCUGAUGCCCCAUGACAUCAUGACUUAUCGAGGCCGUGAUGUGGUGGAGAACAACCUGCCACUAAGAAACACCCCUGGCUGUGAAAACAGAGCCUUUGCCCCCAGCCUGUAUGGUGGCCUGUCCACACCACCAGCCUCUUACCCCAUGUACAGCCACCUCCCGGUCAGCAGUUUCCUCUUCUCUGAUGAAGACCUAAGAGAUGCCCGAAUGCCUGUGGCCAACCCCUUCCCCAAGGAGCGGGCCCUCUCCUGCGACAGUGCCAGGCCGAUGCCCAGUGAAUAUAGCCGGCCAGCCAUGGAGGUGUCCCCGCCCAGCAUGUGCCACAGCAGCAUCUACUCACCCAAAGAGGCAGUUCUGGAAGAAGCCAGGAGUGACAUGCACUACAGCAUCGUGCCUGAAGGUCCCAAGCCUGCUGCCCCCUUGGUCCGGAAUGCCCCAUACUUCCCCUGUGACAAGGCUAACAAAGAAGAAGAGAGGCCCUCUUCAGAGGAUGAGAUUGCCCUGCAUUUCGAGCCCCCUAAUGCACCCUUGAACCGGAAGGGUCUGGUUAGUCCCCAGAGUCCCCAGAAAUCUGACUGUCAGCCCAACUCACCCACAGAGUCCUGUAGCAGCAAAAACGCCUGUAUCCUCCAGGCCUCUGGCUCCCCUCCAGCCAAGAGCCCCACUGACCCCAAAGCCUGUAACUGGAAGAAGUACAAGUUCAUCGUGCUCAACAGCCUCCACCAGAAUGCCAAGCCGGAGGGGUCUGAGCAAGCUGAGCUGGGCCGCCUUUCCCCUCGAGCCUACCCCGCCCCACCGGCCUGCCAGCCACCCAUGGAGCCCGAGAACCUUGAUCUCCAGUCCCCAACCAAGCUCAGUGCCAGUGGGGAGGACUCCACCAUCCCCCAAGCCAGCCGGCUCAAUAACAUUGUUAACAGGUCUCUGACAGGCUCCCCCCGCAGCAGCAGCGGAAGCCACUCGCCACUCUACAUGCACCCCCCCAAGUGUACCUCCUGUGACUCUCAGUCCCCGCAGCACACGGAGAUGUGCCUGCACACCGCCGGCCCCACGUUCUCUGAGGAGCUGGGCGAGACCCAGUCUGAGUACUCGGAUUCUAGCUGUGAGAAUGGGGCCUUCUUCUGCAACGAAUGUGACUGCCGCUUCUCUGAGGAGGCUUCGCUGAAGAGGCACACUCUGCAGACCCACAGUGACAAACCCUACAAGUGUGACCGCUGCCAGGCCUCCUUCCGCUAUAAGGGCAACCUCGCCAGCCACAAGACCGUCCAUACAGGUGAGAAACCCUAUCGCUGUAACAUCUGCGGGGCCCAGUUCAACCGGCCGGCCAACCUGAAGACCCACACUCGAAUCCACUCUGGAGAGAAGCCCUACAAAUGCGAAACGUGCGGGGCUAGAUUUGUGCAGGUGGCCCACCUCCGAGCCCAUGUGCUCAUCCACACUGGAGAGAAGCCCUAUCCCUGUGAAAUCUGUGGCACUCGCUUCCGGCACCUUCAGACCUUGAAGAGCCACCUGCGCAUCCACACAGGAGAGAAACCUUACCAUUGCGAGAAGUGUAACCUGCAUUUUCGUCACAAAAGCCAGCUGCGACUUCACUUGCGCCAGAAGCAUGGUGCCAUCACCAACACCAAGGUGCAAUACCGCGUGUCCGCCACUGACCUGCCUCCGGAGCUCCCCAAAGCCUGCUGAAGCAUGGAGUGUUGAUGCUUUCCUCUCCAGCCCCUUCCCAGAAUCUACCCAAAGGAUACUGUAACUCUUUACAAAGUCCAUCCCAUGACGUAGUGCCUCUCUCAUCACUAGUGCAAAUCAUAGUUGGGCUGGGGGUGGGGGGCUGGGGCCUGGGGGAAGGGGAGCCACGGCAGCUCCCCUCCCCCCACUGCCAUAAAACAUUAAGAAAAUAAUAUUGCUUCUUCUCCUGUGUGUAAGGCCAACCAUGUCAGCAAAAAACAAAAUCAUUUUAUGUAUCAAAGUAGAGGAGAAUGCAAAAGUUCUGACUUGACUUAGGCUGCAAAAUGAGGAAUGUAUAUGUUUUGUGGGAACAGAUGUUUCUUUUGUAUGUAAAUGUGCAUUCUUUUCAAAGAAGACUUCGGUAUGUUAUCAUAGAGAGGGCUUUAAUUUUUUAACCAAAGGUGAAGGAAUAUAUGGCAGAGUUGUAAAUAUAUAAAUAUAUAUAUAUAUAAUAUAAAUAUAUAUGAACCUAAAAAGAUAUAUUAAAAAUAUAAAACUGCGUUAAAGGCUCGAUUUUGUAUCUGCAGGCAGACACGGAUCUGAGAAUCUUUAUUGAGAAAGAGCACUUAAGAGAAUAUUUUAAGUAUUGCAUCUGUAUAAGUAAGAAAAUAUUUUGUCUAAAAUGCCUCAGUGUAUUUGUAUUUUUUUGCAAGUGAAGGUUUACAAUUUACAAAGUGUGUAUUAAAAAACCACAAAAAGAACAAAAAAAAAAAGCUGCAGAAGGAGAAAUGUAUAAUUUUGUUCUAGUUUUCAGUUUGUAUAUACCUGUACAACGUGUCCUCACGGUGCCUUUUUUCACGGAAGUUUUCGAUGAUGGACAGGUGUGCGCCAUCCCUUUUGGAAGUGUAGCCAGAUACAGGGACUUGAAGUUGUCACUAACUAAACUCUCUUUGGGAAGGUUUGUCUCAUCCCAUUCUGCGUCAUGCUUGUGUUAUAACUACUCCGGAGACAGGGUUUGGCUGUGUCUAAACUGCAUUACCGCGUUGUAAAAAUAUAGCUGUACAAAUAUAAGAAUAAAAUGUUGAAAAGUCA